UUCAUUCAUGUCAUUUUUCUAACCAAUUUUUUGGAAAGGUAUUCAAACACUAUGGAAACACAUAAUCUAACCUACGCCUCAGAAUUUCAUCUGUUGGGCUUCUCAGAGGACCCAGAUGUGCAGCCCAUCCUCUUUGGGCUGUUCCUAUCCAUGUACCUGGUCACAGUCCUGGGGAACCUGCUCAUCUUCCUGGCCAUCAGCUGUGACUCCCAUCUCCACACCCCCAUGUACUUCUUCCUCUCCAGCCUCUCCAUUGUCGACAUCUGUUUUGCCUCUACCAUGGCCCCAAAGAUGAUUGCGGACAUCCCGGUUCACAGCAGAGUCAUUUCUUAUGUGGGCUGCCUCACUCAGAUGUCUUUUUUCAACAUUUUUGGUUGUAUGGAUGACUUGCUUCUGACUGUGAUGGCCUAUGACCGGUUUGUGGCCAUCUGUCACCCUCUGCACUAUGCAGUCAUUAUGAAUCCUCGCCUCUGUGUAUUACUGCUUUUGGUGUGUGUCUUUAUUAGUCUUUUGGACUCACUGCUGCAUGUUUUAGUUGUCAUGCAAUUUACUUGCUUCAAGACUGUGGAAAUUGAUAAUUUUUUCUGCCAUCCUACUCAAAUCCUUAACCUUUCAUGUUCUGAUUCUCUGAUCAAAACCCUGGUCACGUAUUUUCUUACUGCCACAUUAGGGUUUUUUCCCAUUUCAGGAGUUCUUUUCUCUUACUGUAAAAUUAUUUCCUCCAUUCUAAAAAUAUCAUCAUCCGGUGGGAGGUACAAAGCCUUCUCUACCUGCAGUUCUCACCUGUCUGUUGUUUCCUUAUUUUAUGGAAAUGGUGUUGGAGUGUACCUUGGUUUAGCUUUUCCAUCUUCUCACAGCAAGGGGAUGGUGGCCUCACUGAUGUAUAUUUUGGUCACACCUAUGCUGAAUCCCUUCAUCUACAGCCUGAGGAAUAGGGACAUCAUUAACACCCUGAUGAGGGUUCACCGUUGGAGAAUCUAA